CCCAAAACGGUUGUGGUGCUGGUGCGACUUGCGUGACUCCGUGAUGGAUGAUUGCCCACUGGGCUUCCGGGCCCCGGGGGAAUACUCCCCAAGCAAUCUCGGGGGAUUCAGGUCGCGGACUCGCGAACCCAUCGCAUUCUACCUGAAUUUCAGACGAGGUGGUUGCUGUCGAUAACAUGGUUCUGCACGUAGAAGAAGGAACCUGAAUGAACGAAUUGAGGAAAAAGGAGGACAUUGAAAAAUGCAGAGUCGAAAGAGGGAAACGUCGUGGAAACUAAGCUAUCUGCUCGCAAUUUGCUUGCGACUCACGAUAGUCCUAACGUCCACCUCGUUCAUCCACCCCGACGAACACUUUCAAAAUACCGAGAUAGCGAUCGAUGACGUGUUCAAUCGGUCGAAUCGUCAAACUCGAACUUGGGAAUGGGAUCCGCUGAGAAUUUCAGACCGUACGAUAGGAGGUGGACCAGUUAGAAGUAUCGUUCCUGUUUGGAUGACUAGUCAUCUUGGGCUUCACGUCUUGAAACUUCUGCAUAACAUUGGUAUGAUUGAUAUCUCCACGCGCUCACUAGUCAUCUUUCCACGAUUGGUACUCUUCUUUCUCUCACUUUUUGUGGAUCGUCUGAUAUUCAGAUUAGUCCACUCGCCGUCGAUCCAACUACUCCACGCAUUUUCAUUACAUUCACUGCUCUUUAUCUGCCGAACAUUUUCAAACUCACUAGAAUCGAUCCUAUUUACCAGUCUUUUUCUUCUCUCAUUGUCGAUUUCCAAUCUUAAAAACCGGGCCAGUCUUAGCUCCGUAAUUGUUUGGACGUUGAUGAAUGUUUUCACAGUUUGGGUCCGAGUUAGUUAUGUAUGCUUCGCCUUUCCCAUCGUCCUCAUGGUCGGUUAUACGCGUCUUUCUCGAUCCUUCACGCUCUUCUUCACCGCCGGUGCAACCGGUUUGUUGGGCAUGAUGUUCUUAAUUUUGCUCGAUUGUCUCUAUUUCGGGCGUUGGCCAACUGUAACUCCAAUCGGUUUAUUACUAUAUAACCUUGAUAAACAAAACCUUGCGCAACAUGGUACUCAUCCUCGCUAUCUCCAUUUACUUGCCAAUGGCCCUAUUAUUUUCGGUCCGGCACUUUGGCUCACUGGAUGGAGCCAACUUUGGACGAGACACAAAGUCUCACCAACUAUCGUGAAACUGUCCACUGCUUCCUUGAUAUCAGGAACUUUACUGCUCUCCAUUCAACCCCACCAGGAAGCCCGAUUCCUCUUACCAUUAGUUUUCCCUUUAACAACAUUAUGCUCUCAAUCGAUAUCGAAAUCACGAUCGUCCAAAUUCCGCAGAACGUUUUGGUUUGCCCAUUUAAUGCACUCAGCUAUUACAGUCGUUUUGUUUGGAUAUUUACAUCAAGGAGGACUUCAAUCGGCCCUAGAGGUUUUACCACCGAACACGGAGACUUUGCUGAGUUACAAAACAUUCGAUAUCCCGUCAUCGCUGAUCACAAGCACUCAGCUUAGAAAUGUCACAAACCUACGUGGAGCGACGGAAGAAACGCUAGCCAAAACUUUAUGUGAAAUCGUCUCGAUGGACGAGGAACGAAGGAUCGUCCUACUUGCCCCAAGGUGGGCUCUUAGUCCUUCAUUAGAACAUCGAUUUAAACUACUCUUCUCUUCCGCAAUUCCUCAUCUCGAUCUCGAUAGACUUCAUGAAAUCUUUCAUGCUGGGCGCCAUAGAUCUGGAAUCGGCCUUUAUAGCAUCCACCAACAAAAUAUGAAAGCUUCUGAGUUAUGCCAUUGAAAGAUGGGCUCACAUAGGUUUGUAAAUAUAAACGUUCUGAAUGAAGUAGUUAUAGUAACAAAACAGUUUAUGCACUGUUAUUUUUUUUGCGGGGUACUGCUUGAAC